CACAAAGAAGCGUGGCCCCGCCACUAGCCCCGCCCACCCACUGCUAGCCCCGCCUACCCACUGAACCCUAACACCUUAACUAACAAAUUUUCUGUGGGAAACCCUGGAUAUUAUACAACAUAUUAGUCUUGUUGUGAUUCCUAACAGCGCUGAAAUCAAUCGAAUCGACCGUCGUCGUACACUUCUGUGGAUUACGUGCGCAUUGUGUGCAGAUGCAUCAGUUUAGGUUCAAAUGUUACUGAUCUCCAGAGAGAACAGAAACAGGCAAACACACACUGCAUGGCCACUAGCACGCACGCACAAACACACACACACACACACACCCAUCCACUCCCCCAUACAUGCACAGGCAUUUACACACACCACCACACAGUGAUUCAGCUGGAUGGUCAUGUCCAUGUCCCGUGAUUAGGCCAGUGUCACCACGUGCAUGCUGUCUCUCUGCUGGACUUGUGCCCUCAAACAUUCUGUCCUCAAUUCAACCAACACACACACACGUACACACACACACACACACACACACACACACACACACACACACACACGCACACACACACACACACACGUCCACUGUUUUGGCUGUCCCUGUGGAUGUAUUGCACUCACUAUCAUCGCACUUUCGUAACUUUGUGGAAAUAUCUUGGGACACAUUGGCUAAACAGGAGUGAAGAAAUCUCUGGUUAAUGGCCCUCGUCUGCCUGCCAGUUCGCCUCCCUUAGAGUGUCCACACUGCUGGCACCGGUUAAUGGGCUUCUUUAGGCGCACAAUCCGCCUGAAGCUGGAAUACGACAAGUGUGAACGUCACUGCAAAAUCCAAAAGAAGAACCGGAACAAGUGCCAAUACUGCCGCUUUCAAAAGUGCCUAGCUGUGGGCAUGUCCCACAACGCCAUCCGCUUUGGCCGGAUGCCCCAGUCUGAGAAGCUGAAGCUGAAGGCUGAGAUAUUAACUGGGGAGAAGGAGACUGAGAAUCCUCAGCAAGCUGACCAGAAAACUCUGGCUAAACAAAUCUAUGAGGCUUAUCUGAAGAACUUCAGCAUGAACAAAUCUAAAGCACGGACGAUCCUGACAGGCAAAACAAACACACCACCUUUUGUAAUCCAUGACAUGGAGACUCUGCACCUGGCCGAGCAGACUCUGGUGGCAAAGAUGGUUGGCACUGCAGGUGGACUGCUUGAUAAGGAUGCAGAAGUGCGAAUCUUCCACUGCUGCCAGUGUACGUCGGUGGAGACCGUGACAGAACUCACUGAGUUUGCCAAAUCUGUUCCAGGCUUCUGCAACCUCGACCUGAAUGACCAGGUAACACUGUUAAAAUACGGUGUGUACGAGGCACUUUUUGCCAUGCUGGCGUCAUGCAUGAAUAAAGAUGGCUUACUGGUUGCCUAUGGCAGUGGCUUCAUCACAAGAGAGUUCCUCAAGAGCUUGCGAAGACCAUUUAGUGACAUGAUGGAGCCCAAGUUCCAGUUCGCCAUGAAGUUCAAUGCACUCGGGCUGGAUGACAGUGACCUUGCCCUCUUUGUGGCAGCCAUUAUCUGCUGUGGAGAUCGUCCAGGCCUAAUGAAUGUCCCAUAUAUCGAGCGGAUGCAGGAGAGCAUCAUCCAUGUGCUCCAGCUCCACCUACAGAACAACCACCCAGACAAUACAUUUCUCUUCCCUAAACUGCUGCAGAAACUUGCUGACCUACGUCAGCUAGUCACCGAGCAUGCUCAGUUAGUGCAAGAGAUCAAGAAAACGGAGGACACGUCACUGCAUCCUUUGCUCCAGGAAAUCUACAGAGACAUGUACUAAGGGAGACUCAUGUGCUACUAAAUUGUAUGGACUGUGGUCAAGGCGCAAGAGAACAACGAGCGGGUUUAGCCCUAAACCUGAGAGGAAUCUUUCAUUUGUUCAUAAAGAAAAACGAAGAAAUGCUCUCAGGGGACAAAGGAAUCUUCUCCUGUUAAAGACACAGUGUAUCUGAAGGGCUGCCAAUAAACCACGAUGCACAGGAGACAGUGGCAUCCAGAAAAUAAACGGCAGCCAGCUGUACAGAAGGGAUGGAAAUCAGGGCGAAGGGUUUUCUUUAGAAAGAACCGGUGUCAGGAUCGUCCUAAUUCUCACUGCACUAAAGUUUAUUAUACCUUUUCUGACUUGUGGUUUAUUAUCCGUUCUAAAAAACGUACACUAAUCAAUUUGAACUCUGUCGUGUCAUCUUAGAGACUUCGAAAACAAGCCUGUAAAUCAGAAUUGUUGAUACAGCAACAUGUCCUUUAAACAAAAAUAAGGGUGAAGACUUUGAGAAGCUUCAUACUUCCAAAACAUGCCGAAGGAGCAGGAACGGGAAGAUCUGUGUAAAAUCUGCAUAGCAUAAAUGUCCAAAUGAUUGUGAUGUUAACUGCAGGAGUUUCAUCCCAACGUGUUCACAUCAGGUUUAUAAAAAAUUACAGGGAUUAUAUAUAUGCACUUUCUAAAGAAAAGAAAAAAAAGCAUAACGUGAUUAUUAUAUACACAACAUUCUGUAAAAUCCUAAUCCUGAAGUACCGGUGUGGACUGUUAGCCUUUCUUCCUGGGGGUUGUAUGGAUCAGGCUGUUCAGUAAGAGUCACGGGUUAGUUUGGUCAGUUUGUGCCGCUGUUUUUAAAUUUGAUAGACAGAGUAGAACUGAUUCUGUGUCAGAAAUAUUACUAUGAUGAUUUUAAUACGUUGCCUCUGAUAUAUUUCCAAGGCAGACUUAUUAUUAAGGCAGACUUAUUAUUAACACCUCAUUCGUUUGCCUGACGUCAGCACAAUGUCCGUCAUUGCAUCAAUGACAGCCAGAUACUGAUUUUGCCAGGCAGUGAAGCAAAAAAUAUUUUACACUAAAUAAUUAUUACACUCCUUUUUGUAAGCUAAUCUUGUCUCUACAUUUUGCUAAAACAAACAAAAAAAAGAAAUAAAUUCCAAAAUGCCGACUUUGCUUCUGGCAGGUUGUUUUGUCCUGGUAGAAAAACCAUCUCAACUCUUAGAUUUUUCUAAUGCAUCUCCACAGCUAUCUAAUUUCCAUUAUAUGCACAAAAUCUAAUAUAUAUUUCCAUAUUGUAUUCUAUAUGUUUUCAAACAAAACUCACUUGUACCUUUUUCCAAACAGCUGGCCUUCAUGAACGUAGAACUUAAAGAAACUUAAUGUAGGUCUUUAGGGGAAUUGGCUGGUGCAAUUUCUUAUUUCACUUCGGUGAGAUCUAAUGUCCUUCAAUCGUGCUCUCGGAGCCCUGCGGCUUCAAGUACUAGUCAUGGCUAGGGAAAGUCUGUAUUAAAUAAAACAUUAAGCAGUUUAACUACAUUUAGGAUAUAAAACAGGAACGUUCUAGAAUGCCGUGAAUAUAUACUUCAGAAUAUAUAUAUAUACUUUUGUGCAUUGACCCUAACCCUGACCCUGACCCUGACCCUGACCAUCACACCCAUAUGUGCUUGAUGAACAUCUUCCCCAUUGCUGUUAUAAUGCUCCACUGUUCUGGGAAGACUUUCCAUCAGAUGUUGGUGUGUGACUUUCAUUCAGCUACAAGAGCAUUAGUGAGAGCAGACACUGAUGAUAUAAGACUGAGGAUGUCUGGGGUUCAGUCGGUGUUCUGCUUUAUCCCAGUGGAGUUGAGUCAGAGUCAGGACUCUGUGCAGGACACUCGAGUUCUACCACUCCUGUCCUCAUAAAGCUCGCUUUGUGCACAGGAACAUUGUUUUAGUUCAUGGAAACUGUAAUGUUACAGCUUACAAAACCAUUCUGGACUAUUGUGUGCUUCCGGUUUGAGUAAGAAAUGAACAUGAGUACGAGAAUCAGGUGUCUGCAAACGUUUAGUGUACAUCAGAGAUGGGCUUACUUACUAAUAUCAGGUGUAGACCGAAACUGUACAAGUUUUAGAAACAAAUCUAACGAUCGAGUCGAUAUUUAACGAGCAAAUAACUUACAUUUGUGUCAGACUCAGUUUGAGAAGACAGAAUGGGAAGGACGACAUCAAUAACUGUAAUCAACACAAUUCACAUACUGUGUAGUUUACAAACUCUAAUAUGACAAUUUAAUUGUUGCACUAUUGCCAUUUCCAUGAAACGUAGGCAGCAAAUUCACACCUGAAGAUGUUGUGUUAAUUCCUCCGGCCUUUUUUUGUCUGAAGUUUGCUUUUGGCAUGGAGCUAGAUUACAGUAUGCAUGUUUAGACUUUGUGCUUCUGAAUGUCAGCCUCCAUACAUGUAAAAGAUUAUUACGACUUGGCAGAUUAACGUUCAUCUACUUCAGCCACCACCACCCGCCCCCACCCCCACGGUAUCAGGAGUGUAUUCUGCUCUACCUGUAUGUUAACUUUAUAGCAUGUGAUUAACAUAUAAACGGUCUGAAACACACACAAGAACAAAAAAGAGCAAGAAAUCAAUUAUUGCUGUCCAAAAGCAUCGUCAGUCACAGCGGCCAUAUUUCCUUUUCCAGGGACCUAAAAUGCACUUUUUACUUGUGCAUCGUGUGAUAAAUAUUUUUAAAAAUUGCAUUCAUAUAAAUAACACGGGCUGUGUAGGCAGCAGGCCCAAUGAUAAUCGUUUUUAAAUGGUGUAAUAUUUUUAUACUAAAGUAAGAAUCUCGGUUAAUAUAUAAAAUAUUGUAUAAUAGUUGGGAUUCGAAGUGAAACAAGGUUAAUGUUUGGCCCAGCUAGCAGGCUGCCAUAAUGAAACGUGUCAAUUUGAAAAUGUUUCCCUUCUUUCUCAGGGGAUUUACUGAUUUUCCCAGGGACUGAGUAUUCUGAGAAAGACCCUCACAUGACAGAUUUUAGUCUCAGGUAGAACUUUGGAAAUGACAUGCAAACAUGAGAGUUCUGAUUUUUACUGACUGACAUUCUGACAUCUGUCAAGCUAGAAAGCAUCAUUCAUCCAUGGUGCUUCCUUUGGACAGUGUAACUAAGUGUAAUGGCAGGAAUAGUUCAGUUAUUGUGUAACUCUGUUUAAUGUAUGUACAGUAUGUAUGAAUAUAUGUAUUGGUUUUCAUUCAUGAUUUUUGUGUUAUAAUCAAUAGAUGAAACUCAUUAAAGAGCGUAAAUGUCAGUAACAUAAACACCCAUUCAGCAAUGACACAGUCCUGCAGUUCCAGUAUUUAAUUACUAUUGAAAAAGGAUUGUCUUAAGUUCAGAUCCCCUGACCAUGAUCAGACAUUGUGAUUAUUUAUUAGAAUGGUUGUAAUGGGAUAUCAACAUGCUGUCCUGUCGGUUUGGGUGUGCGUUUGCUAUUUAUACCUUAAGGAUUACAGAUAUGUCCGACACGUGGAUGAAAGGAAUUUGAUUGCCUGCCUUUGUUCAACCUCAUCCAAGAGUCAGUUCCUGUGCCUUAGCUACGGACUUUCUGAACAUAGUGUGUUUAGGUUUGCUGUCAAGGCUGAAUACACAAUUUAAAAGCACAAAUGCUGCAGGUUUGUUCAUGCUACCCCCAGUAGCAAGACCUGAAAUAAUAUUGGCUUUGGUGUGUAAUUGAUUGUGUAGAGCAGUCGUCUUCAAUCUUAUCCGGAAAGGGCCGGUAUGGCGCAGGUUUUCAUUCCAACAAAGCAGAAGCCACACCAGAGUCUAUACUGAAAGCCAAGAACAGCUGAUUAAACAGGUGGAAUCAGGUGUGGCUUCUGUUUGGUUGGAGUGAAAACCUGCCCCCACACCGGCCCCCUGUGGGUAAGACUGGAGACCGCUGGUGUAGAGAAUUGCACACAUGUAAAUUCCACUUUGUUUUUGUUUUUAUUUGUUUUUUGUUUUUUAGCAUUUUAUUUGGAAGGGAUUUCAACAAUACUGUAUCAGGGAAAAUUGCAGAAUUUACACUUCGGUCAGAGCUAGCUCGUUAAAGUUAAUUAGACUGUAUAUUAUUUCACUUAAAAGGCAACAAGCAUCCAGAUGCAAAUGUCUUUUUCAUUUUUUAACGGAUUAAUAUUAUGUACAUAACAAAACCCAUGCAAUCUGUAAAUAUUAAAAAGAUAUAUUUGUAAAAUCCA